UCCCCCUUUCCUCCUAUGGAGCAUCGAACCCUUAAUGAUGAGCGGGGGGGUGGACACAGACCUCCUGCGUGAGGAGGGAGCUGAAAAAUAAUGCGGGACGGACCACCUCUGCCUGGCUUCCCCCCCCUCAUUUCCGCGCGCUAAUGGUGCCUUCCGUCUCUCUCUCUCAGUGGUGCCUGCUGCAGUAUAAGUCAAAGCCUGCGCUGUUCGCUCCCUGACACACACACACACAGGCACAGGCACAGACACAGGCACAGACACAUGCACGCUGACUCGAGCAUAGAGCGAGAGUAAGAGGGAGCGAGAGAACGAGGGAGAGGGAGAGGGAGAGGGAGGCGCGUGCACUCACACAUGCCAGCGUGCGCUCGUACGCAUAAAUCCUCUUACGGCUGGCUGAUGCCCAGGGCAGAUUACACUCAGUAGGCUGCAGCGCUGCGAACCGCACUCCCUCCUCCCUGAGCGUGCCACGCUCACCCUCCAAGGCUGCUCUCUCCUCCACCUCCUCCACCACCUCCUCCUCCUCCUCCUCUUCUUCUACUUCUGGUUUUCCUCCUUCCUCUCCGAGGCUCCGUGCGCUUCUCUCCGGCUCAUCCCUCCACCGGUGGAUCCUUCUAUCGGCUCUGCACCUGCUACUACUUCUUCUUCUUCUUCUUCGUCUUCUAUUUCUUCUUCUUCUACUCCUCCGUCCGUCCGCUGCUGCUGCUGGGUCGUUCCUCCUUUUCUUCUGGCAAAGCCUCCGCUGCUCCACUGCUGUUGAGAUGACCAGACGACCGGCGUGAGGGUGAGAAAGACAGGAGGACAGAGAGAGAGAGAGAGAGUGGUAGAAAGAAAAGGAAUAAAGAGAAGGAAAGAGGGGAUAGAUAGAUAGAUAGAUAAAUAGAUAGCUAGAGGGAUUGAUAGCUUUUCUUCCUUCCUCUUCUUGUCUAGUGCCGCAAGCAUCUGGAGAGGUGGGGUGGUGGUGGUGGUGGGGGGGGCAGCGAGAGGUGCAGAGCAGUGAGGGGUCAGCAGCACGGCCAGGCUCGGAGCGAAGGAGCAGGGGAAGGAGGGAGGGAAGGAGGGAGGGGGUGUAGAGAAGGAGAGAGAGGGAAGAGAAGACGCCGAUCACCUCCGAGAGGGAAGAGGACAGGCAGACAGAGAACGAGGGAGCUAAGACAGAGAGAUAGAGAGAGGGAGAGAGAGAGAGAGGGAGCGGAGAGGAGAACCAUGAAGGCUCUCCUGCUGCUGGUGCUGCCUUGGCUCAGCCCGGCCAACUACACAGACAAUCUGGGCAACCUGCAUAUCCUCUACUCAGAACUGUGCAAAGGUGCGUCACACUAUGGCCUUUCCGCCGACAGAAAACGCCGGUCCCAGGAGGGUGACUGCCUGGACAGCACGUCAGAGCUCACCGUGGCAACGCUGCCGGGCGAGGGAAGCCCCGCCUCUGCUGCUGCUGUGGCCCUCCUAUCGGACGAGCCCGGCCUGGUUAACCCCGCCUUUGAGCCCAGCGUGGAGGACAACAGCCAAUCAGGAAGUACGACCAGCCUGGCAGCCCGCAGCAACUCCAAGAAGAGUGAGUUCCGUAACUUCGACCGGACGUCGGUGAGGAGUCGCUCGUUCCGGCGGCUCAACCGAGCCUUCAGCGUCCUGCGCAGGACCAAGAGUGGCACGGCCGUGGUCAACGAGAGCUCCGAGGAGCGGGACAACCUCAGGAACUCCAGCGUGCCCCCAGAAGUCUUGGCCCUGCCCCAGCUGCAUCACCUGAUUCCUGAUGGGGAGAUCACCAGUAUUAAGAUCUAUCGGGCCGACCCCCGGGAGCCGCUGGCCAUCAGCAUCGUGGGGGGCAACGAGACGCCCCUGGUGCGCAUCCUCAUCCAGGACAUCUACAGAGAGGGGGUCAUCGCCCGGGACGGACGCCUGCUGCCCGGGGACAUGAUUCUCAAGGUGAAUGGCAUCGACAUCAGCAACGUGCCGCACAUCUAUGCCCUGGCGGCGCUCAAGCAUCCGUGCCAGUUGCUGCGCCUGACGGUGCUCCGCGAGCAGCGCUACCGCUACCGCUCCAGCUCACACCACCACCACCACGGGCACGGGCACACCCACGGCGGGCACCACGGAGGCCCGCCGCCCCACGAGCCAUUCUCCCCCAACCAGCCUCCGCCGCCGCCUCCGCCCGUGCUGCGCGACGACAGCCUGCACGUGGUGCUGGUGAAGAGCGUGCAGGACGAGCAGCUGGGCAUCAAGCUGGUGCGGAGGCCCGACGAGCACGGCGUCUUCGUCUUCCACCUGCUGGAGGGCGGUCUGGCGGCGCGGGACGGGCGCCUGCGGGUGGACGACCGCGUGCUCGCCGUCAACGGGCACGACCUGCGCUACGGGGCGCCCGAGCACGCCGCUCUGCUCAUCCAGGCAAGUCAGGACCGGGUCCAUUUCGUUGUGUCCCGUCACACCCAGAUACCGACCCCAGACGUUCUCUCUGAAGCACCCUGGGGAAUGGAUGGACCGCCACCCUACUCCCCCGUGGAUAUAGAACACAGCCUACUGGACGCGUGCCAGAAGCCCAACUGCUAUGAGAAGACAGUGACCCUGACCAAGGAGCCCCACGACUCUCUGGGGAUGACGGUGGCGGGCGGCAUGUCCAGCCGGGGCUGGGAUCUCCCCAUCUAUGUCACCAACAUCGACCCCACUGGAGUCGUCAGCCAGGAGGGCUCCAUCCGCAAAGGUGACAUCCUGCUGAACGUGAACGGCGUGGAGCUGACGGGGGUGACGCGGGGCGAGGCCGUCGCCAACCUGAAGAACACCUCGUCGCCCGUGGUGCUGUGCGUGCUGGAGAUGCGCCCGCCGGACGAGAGCUGCCUGGAGGACAUGCCCCCGCUGCUGUCGCCCUCCUCCUCCGUCUCGCCCUCCUCCCCCGGCGAUGCCAAGAUGCCCCCGCCGCCCAACGACGACUACUCGCCACUCUGGGUCUCCUGGCUGCAGCUACCCAGGCACCUGUACUGCUGUAAGGACAUCGUCUUGCGCCGGAGCACGGCCGGCAGCCUGGGCUUCAGCAUCGUGGGCGGCCAGGAGGAGGUCAACUGCAACCAGUCCUUCUUCAUCCGCUCUAUCGUGGAGGGCACACCUGCGUACAACGACGGGAGGAUACGGUGUGGGGACAUUCUUCUGGAGGUGAAUGGGAAGAGCACCUGGGGGAUGACCCAUACUGCCCUGGUUCGCCUGCUGAAGGAGCUCAGGGGGCGGAUCACCCUCACCAUCGUGUCCUGGCCUGGGAGCCUGCUAUAGGACCAGAACUGCCAGGGGGAGGGGCUUAACUUAACACUUUCAAAACCUGCUGUGGAAAAGGGGGUGGAGCUUAGUACACUGAUCCUGCCUGCCGGAGCCAAUGGCAGGGCCUUCUGGAUAUGAACUUCUCCGACGGGAGCCAAUGGCAGGGCCUUCUGGAUAUGAACUUCUCCGACGGUUGGAGCUUGUAAAAUGGACCCAGCCUCACGGGGCGGGGCUCCGGAUUGGCUCCGCCCCAAAAAGGGGCAGGACAUGUGACAUGGCCCUUGCUCAGGAAGGCGGGACUUGACAAAAGACCUCUUCCGUGAGAGGCGGGCCUUAAGGCAGGAACCCAUGAAAGACGACGCAGAAUUUAUGAGUUACAGGACAGAGUUGAGGCCAUGGACAUCCAUGGGAUGAAAAAAGAAAGAAAAG